GAAGGGAUCAGAGCAGCCGCCAGAGAGAGGGCGAUAGAGUCCACUUUCCUCCAACUGCCCUGGGUCUCCCUCCCUCGCUCUCUCCUCUUCAGCAACACCAAGAGCCCCAAACUGAACCCAGAGCAGCUUUUUCCAUCAGUUCAGUUCCCUUCCCUCUCUCUGUCUCACACACGGCAAGGAGAGAGCCCCUUCCUCCCCUUAUUUCCCUUCGCAUGCUCAGCCCCUUGUUUCCUUUAAAGCACUAGAAAUCCCCCUUCUUGCCCCCGCUCCUCCCUGCAGACUGGGAUUGCAAUGGGAGCUUUGCAGAUUGCUGGAUUUUCCAUCCUUUUCUUUCUCCUCCACUCUGGAAACACGCUGGCAAAUAAAGCCAGUCAAGAUGUUGACGAGUGCGUGGAGGGCACCGACAACUGCCACAUCGAUGCCAUCUGCCAGAACACCCCCAAGUCCUACAAGUGCAUCUGCAAGUCCGGCUACACCGGGGAUGGAAAGCACUGCAAAGAUGUUGACGAGUGCGAGCGGGAAGACAACGCGGGCUGCGUGCACGAGUGCGUGAACAUCCCCGGCAACUACCGCUGCACCUGCUACGACGGCUUCCGCCUGGCCCACGACGGCCACAACUGCUUAGACCUGGACGAGUGCUCAGAGGGCAAUGGUGGCUGCCAGCAGACCUGUGUCAACAUGAUGGGCAGCUACGAGUGCUUCUGCCGGGAGGGCUUCUUCCUCAGUGACAACCAGCACACCUGCAUCCAGCGCCCUGAAGAAGGCAUGAACUGCAUGAACAAGAACCAUGGCUGUGCCCACAUCUGCCGGGAGACCCCCAAGGGGGGCAUUGCCUGCGAGUGCCGCCCCGGCUUCGAGCUCACCAAGAACCAGCGCGACUGCAAACUGACCUGCAACUACGGGAACGGGGGCUGCCAGCACACCUGCGAUGACACCGACCAGGGCCCCAAGUGUGGCUGCCACGUCAAAUUCCUGCUGCACUCAGACGGGGUGACCUGCAUAGGGGAGAGACACUUCCAGCAACACGUUAUCCUUGAGACGUUUUCUAAUGAGACAUGUGCUGUGAACAAUGGGGGCUGCGACAGCAAGUGUCACGACGCGGCCACCGGCGUCCACUGCAGCUGCCCCAUGGGCUUCAUGCUCCAGCCCGAUAGGAAGACGUGCAAAGACAUCGACGAGUGCCGGCUCAACAACGGCGGCUGUGACCACAUCUGCAGGAACACGGUGGGCAGCUUCGAGUGCAGCUGCAAGAAGGGCUACAAGCUGCUCAUAAACGAGAGGAACUGCCAAGACAUCGAUGAGUGCUCCUUCGACCGGACCUGCGACCACCUCUGCAUCAACACCCCCGGCAGCUUCCAGUGCCUGUGCCACAAGGGCUACACGCUCUACGGGCUCACCCACUGCGGGGACAUCGAUGAGUGCAGCAUCAACAAGGGUGGCUGCAAAUUCGGCUGCAUCAACACUCCUGGCAGCUACCAGUGUACCUGUCCUGCUGGCUGCAAGCUGCACUGGAACAAGAAGGACUGUGUGGCUGGUGCAUGUCCCUUGGAGAUGGUGAAGUGCCUGCCAGGUUCGGUGCCACCACGGGCCACCCUUACCUGCAACAAGAUGGGCAAGAAGGACAGCUGUGCCCUUUCCUGCACCUCCAAGGCCCGAUUUCUGCCAGAGUCCGACAGCAGCUACACAGUGAGCUGUGGGACCCCCGUCCUGCGGCAGGGCAGCCAGCACAGACCCACCAACAGCAGCCAGCAGUGCCUCGAGACUGUGGCUGCCCCGGUCAAACAGAAGGCCUCCUUCAAGAUCAAGGAUGCCAAGUGCCACCUGCACCCUCGGACCAAGGGCAAGCAGGAGGAGGCUGGGAAGGCUGGGGGACAAGGUGGCUCGGCACCGUGCUCUGACUGCCAGGUCACCUUCGUCAACCUCAAGUGCGACUCCUCCAAGAAGGGCAAGGGGCGCCGGGCUCGCAACUCCCCCAGCAAAGAGGUGACACGCAUCACGCUGGAGUUUGAGGCAGAGAUAAAGCCUGAGGAGAUCACAGCCAACUGCAACCUGCACUGCCUGCGACAGAGAGUGGAGAAAAAGCUGAAGUCGGCCAUCAAAGCCCUGAAGAAAUCCAUCAACCAGGAGCGGUUCCUGCUGCGCUUCUCGGGGAUGGAGUACGAGGUGGCACGGAAGCUGGGCGUGGCCCCCGAGCGGCAGGAGAGCUGCGGGCCGGGCCAGCAGCGCCUGGCCAGCAAGUGUGUCAGCUGCUCGCAGGGAACCUAUUACCACGGGCAGACGGAGCAGUGCGUGCCCUGCCCUCCCGGCACCUACCAGGAGAAGGAGGGGCAGCUCUCCUGUGACCUGUGUCCCCGCGGCGACACCUUCGGACCCAUCGGAGCCACCAACAUCACCGGCUGCACCGGUCAGUGUCCCCCUGGCCAGCACUCUGCUGAUGGCUUCAAGCCCUGCCAGCCCUGUCCCCGUGGCUCCUACCAGCCCGAGGUGGGACGGGCGCUCUGCUUCCCCUGCGGCGGGGGGCUGACCGGGGGGGGGGGGGGGGGCGGGGGGCUGACCACCCGCCACGAGGGAGCCCUCUCCUUCCAGGACUGCGACACCAAAGUGCAGUGCUCCCCUGGGCACUACUACAACACGAGCGUGCACCGCUGCAUCCGCUGCGCCGUGGGCACCUACCAGCCCGAUUUCCGGCAGAAUUACUGCAUCUCCUGCCCUGGCAACACCACCACCGACUUCGAUGGCUCCACCUCUGUGUCCCAGUGCAAAAACCGGCAGUGUGGAGGGGAGCUGGGUGAGUACACGGGCUACAUCGAGUCCCCCAACUACCCCGGGAAUUACCCUGCCAACAUUGAGUGCACCUGGAACAUCAACCCGCCGCCCAAGCGCAAGAUCCUCAUCGUGGUGCCCGAGAUCUUCCUCCCCUCCGAGGACGAGUGUGGCGACGUCUUGGUCAUGCGGAAAAACUCCUCCCCAUCCUCCAUCACCACCUACGAGACCUGCCAGACCUACGAGAGACCCAUUGCCUUCACCGCCCGCUCCCGGAAGCUCUGGAUCAACUUCAAAACCAGUGAAGCCAACAGUGCUCGGGGCUUCCAGAUCCCCUAUGUCACCUACGACGAGGACUACGAGCAGCUGGUGGAGGACAUUGUGCGGGAUGGAAGGCUCUACGCCUCCGAGAACCACCAGGAGAUCCUCAAGGACAAGAAGCUCAUCAAAGCUUUCUUCGACGUGCUGGCACACCCCCAGAACUACUUCAAGUACACAGAGAAGCACAAGGAGAUGCUGCCCCGCUCCUUCAUCAAACUCCUGCGCUCCAAAGUCUCCAGCUUCCUCCGGCCUUACAAAUAGCCCCCUGCCGCCCCGGGCCGCCCCGCAGCCAAGGAAACCCUCUUCUCCCUUCCUUCUCCUUUCUGAUUUUUCCUUCCUCCGCCUGGCUCCGGCAGGAUCGCCGCUGCUCGCCCUGCAGACGUCCCCCCACGAUUUCCCUGCGCUCCGGUCUCAUCCAGCGGCAGUGAAGCCGCUCCCCUUUUCCGAAGCAGCUUCUUCGAAGGUUUUAGGAAACUGAAGUAGUGGUCCUUUGGCUGUCCCGUGUCCUCCCCUUGGUUUCCUUUGGUCCCCGCUCCCUGGUGCCAGCAGCAGCCCAGGGCAGAGUGGGGGGCCCCUGUCUUUGCAGCCCCCGGGGCGCAGGAGGUGACACCGCGCCCACCGCAGCGCCGGGCCCGGCUACCGGCGCCGCUUCGCAGAGGUCGGGGGGAAGAGAACUGACAAAGCCGACUUGAUUAAAAAGGAAAUGCAAAGGAGUGGUGGCAAAGGCCACCAGCGCGGCAGCGUGGUGGCUCUGUCCCGCUGGAGAGCUGCGCUGGUGCUGGGAGGGAAGCGCAGCCAAGCCACGUUCCCGGAGAACAAUGUCUGGCUGCACGGGAGAAAACAGGGAGCAAAGGAGAAGGACUUUCAGCCGGGUUCGAUUUUUUUUUUUUCUUCCCCCUCCACCCCAGACACUUGUGCCAAGAAACCAGACUUUGUUACAAGCUCUGCCAAAGAGUAACUCGGAAAAGCAAGCUUUGAGAAGAGCAGGAGUCAAUGUUUGUGCACUAGGAUAUCCUCCUUUCUACCUUUUUCAUAUGUAUUAAGUGCAAUCAUUUGAGUCUUCCUUAUAUUAUUUAGAGGGAAGUUGUUUGUUUUUUGUUUUUUUUUUUCUACUAGAAACGACAAUAUUUAUAACUGCCUGAGAAACGAGAAUGUGUGUUUGCAAGAAAACAAAAACCACCCAUCCAGAGCAAGCUGGGCCCUGGGCUGCGCUGACCAGCACGAUGGCAUCUUCAGGCCUUUUCUGCCACGUUUGUCCCCGAUAAAAGCCCCUGUCUGGGGGGGACUGUGCCUCUCCUGCUCAGCUCAAUGGGGUGAGUUUCUGCAGGGAGCUGGAGGCAUCUCUUGGUCUGUCCAUAGGGGAUGGAGUCGGUCCUUUCAGGCUGAUCUGCCACCGUUUGGGCGUUGUUCAGGAGGAGGAUCAAGACUUGGCUGUGUCACCUGCUUGUUGCAAAGUGAUUUAUUCCCUGCAGGGAUGAGCCAACAGCUGCUGAGGCCAGGUCUGGGGAACACGCUGGGAGGAGAGAGGAGCUGGGCCUCCACUCAGCCCCAAAAUCUCUCCCCCAGGUACAGCAAUCCUCCCGGGCAGAGCUACCCUCAUGGGCCUGGGGAGGGUUUGUGCUUCUGAAUCCCGCUGGGCAUUUUUGGCCCCAUCCCUCUGUGUGUUCUCACCCUGCAGGGAUGCUGUGGGAGCCCCUCCCCAGGGAGUGGGGUGUAGAUCCUGGGGAAGACCCAUCUGCCACUCCCU